GGCGGCGGCGCCAGAAAUCCCAGGAGUCAUGUUGCCGGAUGUGCUGGUGGUGUCCGCUCCUGGGAAAGUUAUCCUUCAUGGAGAGCAUUCAGUGGUCCAUGGCAAGGUAGCACUGGCUAUGGCCUUGAACUUGAGAACAUUCCUUAAACUUCAACCCCAGAGCAACGGCAAAUUGACCCUCAAUUUACCAAACAUUGGCAUCAAGCUGGCCUGGGAUGUGAACAGACUUCAGCAAUUGGGCUUUCUGGGGACUGGAGACAGCUCACCUGCGCCCAGCCCCGCACAGCUGGAGAAGCUGAAGGAGGCGGUGGGCUUGGCCCAGAUUACCGCCAGCUCUGACACUGACCCCAAUUGCCAGGCCAUGCUGUGCUUCCUCUUCCUGUACCUGUCCAUCUGCCGGAACCAGAGGGUCCUGCCCAGCAUGACCAUCACCGUGUCGUCCGAGCUGCCUCCCGGGGCUGGCCUGGGCUCCAGCGCUGCCUACUCUGUGUGUUUGGCCACUGCCCUCCUGACUAUGUGCGAGGAGAUCUCCAGCCCCUUGGAGGCAGGGGAGUCCUCAAGCAACAGGUGGACCUCGGAGGACCUGGAGCUGAUAAACAAGUGGGCCUUCCGGGGAGAGCAGGUCAUCCACGGGAACCCCUCAGGCGUGGACAACUCCGUCAGCACCUGGGGAGGUGCCCUUCGGUACCAGCAAGGAAAGGCAACAUCCAUAAAGAGGGUCCCGUGGGGCCAGGGCUGGCUGCCACCACUCCCCAGCUCCUCCAUCCUGAGCUCACCAGAGAACCCCUCUUCCCCCAGGCCGCCUGCAUUGAACAUCCUGCUGACCUACACCCGCGUUCCCCGAAGCACCAAGACACUCGUGGCCAGAGUCCAGAGCCGGCUGCAGAAGUUCCCAGACGUGGUGAGCCCGCUGCUGAGCUCCAUGGACGCCAUAUCCCGGGAGUGCCAGCGUGUGUUGGAGGAGAUGGUGACGGCCCCAGCCCCAGAGCACUACCUGGAACUGGAGGAGCUCAUCGACAUGAACCAGCACCACCUGAACGCGCUCGGGGUGGGCCACACCUCGCUGGACCAGCUGUGCCAGGUGACCAAGGCCCACGGGCUGCACAGCAAACUCACGGGCGCAGGCGGAGGCGGCUGUGGCAUCACACUCCUCAGGCCAGACCUGGAGCGGCCCGAGGUGGAGGCCACGAAGCAGGCCCUGACCAGCCUGGGCUUUGACUGCUGGGAGACGAGCAUGGGGGGCCCCGGAGUUUUGGUGCACACGGCCACCUCCCUGGACGCCAGCGUGCAGAGCACCCUGGCCAGCCCGUGAGCUCCCCGGAGUGAGGCCUGUUGGACACUGGCUGACCGACCCUC